UCAUGGUAACUUCCGCUAGCCUCUCGCCGGGUUGAUGCUACAAUGAGCAGCGUCCCCCUGGAAACGUCGGUCUAAAAUGAGCGAUAACCGGAUAAUCGGACACUAACGGACCCGCCGGCUUUAAACAGCAUCCAUCAUGCUCUCUCGGCCUCCUGCACUGAAUGAGAGUGACAACAGGGGGCGGGGCCCAGUAUCCGUGACUCCACGUCCUGUCCUCCCAUUGGCUGAUCAAACAGGAGUUUUCUCCUCUACUACCUGGAACUCCUCUUUACCACUUCCUCCCCCCUUCUCCUCUUCUUCUCUUUCCUCCUCCUCGGCUGCUCCUCUUUUACUUCCUCGCUCCAGCCUUUCCUCUCCUUCAUCCUCUUUCAUUUGUCAUCCUCCUCCUGUCUCUGCUCAUCUAAUGUAUAUCUCUCCCUCUCCUCCAUCCUCAUCUGCCCCUGAAAUGGCUCCUUCUCUUUUUUCCUUUCAACCCUUGAACCACACUCCCCCUGCACAUCCUACAGUUUCUGCUUCUUUCAUUCCUUCUCAGACUUCUUCUUUCUCCUCUCCUUCUCUUACCUCCACCCUACCUGCCCAUUCCUCUCUUUCUCCCUCAUCUCCUUCCUCAUCUUCUCCUUCUUCUCUCUCUGUCCUUUCUUUGUCUUCUCCUCUUCCUCCUCUCCUUCAUUCUCACACUUCUUGUCUCGUUCCGUCUCCUCCUUCAGCUCUUUCAACUCCUCAUACUGCUGCUAUUGGUUCACAUCCAUCUCCCUCCUCUGUGCACACUUCUCCUCCUCCUGUCUCUCCUCUUCCUCCUUGCCCUGUAGCUCCUCCACCUGCUUGUUCGUGCUCCUCCCUCCUGCCUCGCCUUCUCUCAGCUCACCGGUUAGAGAUGCGGCGCCUCCUGCGAGGAGCCUUGGCAUCGCUUGGUCGUCGUCUGGAUACUUUGGAGAGGAGGAGCAGGACCAAAAAGAGAAAGAAAGGAGGAGCAGCGUCUUCUCCGGCUGCUUCCACCUCCUGUACAUCUGUCUCCAUCCCACUGGUUACCUGCUCCUCAUUAGACAGCGAGCAAUCACACACACCCGCCCUUCUCUCCUGUUUGAGCCAAUCAGAGCAGAGCAAGGAGUUCAGGGGCAGGAAGAGGAGGAGGAAGAACAGAGAAAGUGAUGAUAAUGAAGAUGAGGAUCCUGGGAGGUUUGUUGGACAAAUGGCCGUCUCCUUCAGAGGAGGAGCAGAGGAGGCGUCGCUCACACUACACAACGUCAACGCAGCGAAACGGAGACUGGAGGGAGGCCAAUCAGAGAAAGCUGUCAGUGUCAUUGGCAGGCGGAACGGUUACAGAGACCCCCUGUCACUACACAGCUCCGCCCCAUCCCUCCACCUUUUCCAGUCAGCGCCAAGCGUUCGGACCUGCAGCCAAUUGGAGCCCUUUUUUGUUUUAUCUGGCCAAUGGUGGAGCUCUGACUUCGCCCCUCCCCGCUCCUCCAAUCCCCCUGCAUUAAGCCUGUGGCUCGACUCCUCUUCCUCCUCUCUGUUUUCAUUUCGCCCCGCCUCUAUUUUACGACUGUCCACGGAUUCUGUGGAGACGUUUAUAAACUUGGCGAGGGACGGGGUCUGUGGGAGUCCUCUACGGCCCUUGAAGGACUGGACAGCCCCGCCCAGUCUCAGCGGUGAUCACUGUUAUGUGCAAACACCAACACAGAGCUUGACUUUAUCUACUCGCCGACAACAGAAGCAGCGAGCCAAUCGCAGCCUCCACCUUCCUCGGAGACGACCCCUUGCUCUGCCCCCAUGUUCAGCCAAUGGGCUUUCAACUCCGUUCCCUGCUGGCCAAUCAGCAGCCGGCUCUGGGUUUCUAAGCACAAAUGGAGAGGUGGAGUUGGGAAAACGCGUGUCACAGAUUCGAAUCCGCCGGGCGUCCCCAAAGGAAACGUUGCUUACACCUAUGGGACUGCCCAAGGUCAAAAGGUUAAAGAAGAAAGAAUUUAGUCUCGAGGAAAUAUACACGAACAAGAACUUUAACCACCACCCGACCACCAACAGGAGCCUGGAGACAAUCUUUGAGGAGCCACGAGAGAAGGACGGGGCGUUGCUUCUGAUUGGCCAACAGAGACGGCGUAGACUCCUCCUCUUCCCUGACUUUACUCAGCCAAGGAAGAGGAAGAGGGCGCAAGGGGCGGGGCUACCUAUUGCCACGUUGCCCAGGAAGCGUGCUGCCGCUCGGCGUCAUUGCCACAGCGGUGGCUCGAGUGAAGAUGACCUGGACCUGGACGUGAUGCUGGUGGAGCGACUGAGCGCGCUCGAACACUUCCUGACACAGCAGGGCCUGGAUGUGUAAACUGUGAUAUCACUUCCUGUUGGCUAACUUAAGGCCAAAUAAAUAAGCUGCUAGCACACCUGCUAACCACUGCGUUGCCAGGACAACGUCCUCCAUAAGGCAGUCUCAUAUGGCAGGUUUUUGUUUUUGCUGUGUACUUGAUGAUUUAAUUUUAAUUUUUUUAUUUUUACACUGUAGGAACCCUCUGGAAUAUUUAAUAUUUAGCUUCUGUGUGGAUGAUGUCAGCACACCCCCUGCUGGUGACAUAUUCUCUGGUGAAUAUUUUUACAGUGUAACUUAUUUUUCUUAUGAAAAUUGUUCUAUUUUUGGAACAAAUAAAAUGUGUCUGUUUCCACUG